AUGCAUCACUUUAUUAUUAUUAUCACUUUAUAUCUCUCUGCCUUGGUAGCUGGCGGCGGAAUAGUCUCAAAGCCCCAACCUCCACCAGACGGAGGCAUACCCAUGACAGACAUGAAACCCGGCUCUUCCCCCGAAACCAACAUUCACAAAGGAGGAGCAUUACAGUCCGAAUGCCGAUUCCUCAAAGUCCACAUAACCUCCCCCUCAACAACAUCAAAAACCCCAGCCCAAGAUCCAAAGAAACAAGGAAAAGGACCCACCACAAUAACAACCCCAUACCGUCAAGUUCUCCUAACAGCCGACUGCCGUCGACCCAAGUCAGACCCCACGAAGGGAAUCCUAGACGACGACUGGAGAGAGACAAAACUGGACUUAGACAAAUGCGUUGGUUGGGAUGCACAGACACAGAAGCUCACGCCGGAGUCUGAUGGGAAGGGACUGAUGAAGGGUGAUUGCUGGAGCUGUGAUUAUUUUUCCGAAGUCAUGGGUGCAGCAAAUAAGGGGGAGUUUGAAUGUUAUUGUGAUAAUGUGGAGAAGAAGUCAAAGCAUAAGAUUCCGCAUUCGAAGGAUAAGUCGCUUAAGGUUAAGUUUGAUCUUGGUAUGUCGUCCUCUGUUGGGUUGGGUUUGGGGUGGGUUGCUAAUGUGGUUAUAGAUUCUGUGCUUUGGUCGAAGGAUGGUCGUUUGAAUUGUCAUAAGCAUAUUGGGUCUUGA